GGUGAGCGGGAAGGCAGCAUCAUCUCAGUUGUGCGCUCGAAGGCGGAGUGAGCGUACGUCGUUCCAGGAGGUCCCUUGGCGCCGCGCUCGUCACUGUUCACUUGUGGACGCUGCGCCUGGAAGACCCGGUUCUCGAACCCCUAGAACAUUUGUGCUGGUGAUUUUAGCUACUGGAAUUGGGCUUUUUUACUAUUAUUUUGGAGUAUGAGUGUUUGGACGAGUUUUCUGUUUUGUGGAUACUGGUAGACUUAUGGAUUACUGAAGAUCUUCGUGAAACUGGAAGAAAUAUUCGUGCCUCAGGACCGCUGAUAAAGUGCCACUUUCCCCGACACAAGUGUCUCCUACACUGUAAACAGUAAAACAUAAUUCUCCAAACCCUAAAGAACAUCCCAUAUAUAACACUCCAAAACUGUACCCACACGUCCUUACGGGAGGAUACAGUCCUUCCUCCUUCAGCGUCGACACCAGGAGUUGCCCCGCUCAAGAAGAUGCUCUGACAAGGCUCGCUUGACUUCUGGACUCUUUCCCCCCCAUUCGGGAGAGGAUUUGGUCUGCCAAACAUUGUGAAGACGUCUUCAGCAAGAGAAGCCUGUUAUGGAUCCGCCAAGAGGAGCUGCUGCGACUUGAGUUCUACGUCGACACUGUACAAGGACUGAAGGCCACGUCUUCUCCCGUAGACGCUGCUCAUCUCGCAGUCAACAUUCACUCAGAAGGAAAAGCUGUUCAAGAGCACACCAGAUGUUAAUUACUUAUAACAAGACGAGAAUAUAAAGAAAAAGACCAAAUUUAGUCUUAAAAAUCAAAACAAAACAUAAAAAAAAUUCGGAUAUGCAGAUUUACUUUCGCUCUCUCCUAAGGAUGAACCAGCUGUGCAAGGUGUGUGGGGAGCCCGCUGCAGGCUUCCACUUCGGCGCCUUCACCUGCGAAGGUUGUAAGUCGUUCUUCGGGCGGACGUACAACAACUUGUCGCAAGUGCACGAGUGCAAGAACGGCGGUCAGUGUGUGAUCAACAAGCAGAACAGGACCUCGUGCAAGGCCUGCAGGCUGCGCAAGUGUCUCAUGGUCGGCAUGUCCAAGAGCGGCUCAAGGUACGGGCGACGGUCCAACUGGUUCAAGAUCCACUGCCUGCUGCAGGAGCAGGCGACGCAGCUGAACAAGGGGCUGGAGGGCGGGGGCGGCGGAGGCGGGCCCUUCCCUGGGGCCCUGGCCGGGUCCAUGUCCCUCUCCCCCGCCUCCAUGCCCGCCCUCUCUCCCGCCAAGUCCGAGGAUGAGGCCAAAGUCGAGUCGCCGGUUCUAUCCUCCCCCGAGAGCUGCUUGUCGGAGACCAGCGUCGACAUAGAGCCGCGUCGGACGUCGUCGCCGAAGGAGAUGAGCGUCGGGGAGGGCGUGGGGCGGGGUGGGGAGAGGUACGGCGAGGGCGUGGUGGGGCGGGGCGGCGACAGGUACGGCGAGGGCGUGCGGAGGGAGAUGAUGAGCACGGCGGGGGGGCUGUCGUUGUACGGCCUCCACCCUGGCCUCUCCCUCCUGCACGCCUCCCACCUCUACUCCCGCCUCUACCCACCCAUGAUCUACCCCGCCCUCGCCCCGUCGCUCCUGGUGCCGCCCAGCCCCGCCCGCCCGCCCCCCAGCCCGCCCAAGGAGCACUCCUCCCACAGCCCCAGGGCCACCAGCUCCCCCAGCCGGACGCCCUUCGACUUCCAGCCGCAUCUGCCCCCGCCGCCCCUGGCCUUCCCCUACCCCAGGAAACGCUUGGCCGUGUCUCCCCUGGGGGACACGCACGCCCACACUCUCAGCCCGCGGGCGUGGGAAGCCGCCCCCGCGCCCGAGCAGGACGCGCCCAUCGACCUCAGCAUCAAGCGUCAGCGCCUCCUGCCGCCCCAGUCUUCCGCCACGCCCGUAUCCCCGCCCGUGUCGCCUCUCCAUACCUCCGUGCCCACCUCCACGGCCGCCGUGGACCUCACAACUAAGGCGUGAUGAGCGAGAGCCGUGGCGGCCCAGCCCUCAUGAUCCGUGGCAUAGUCCUGAAGCCUCUGUGUCACCACCCGGACCGUGACACAGCCUUCCCCCCUUCCCUUCCCCCCCGGCCCGUCCAGCACAUGAAGACUAUGGUACAAACACUCCGUCCAGAAUCGCGGAUACUUUCCGUCCCUUACCGCCGGUGUUCAUUCCUAUCCGUCGCCCCGUCCCCCAGCUCCUGUCCAUAUGUGUCUGUCUGUCUCUCUCUGCCGUGGCCACAGACCUCCCUCGCACAAGCUGUCAGGCGGAGUCUGCGGGAUGGGACGCCGCCUCCCGCAUCCGUCAGGAAUGUUGACAGGCAUUCCGGAGGGUAGUUCACUGCCCGUCCGCCUGUCCCCCAGUGAUACGUGAUUUAAAGUUCAAAUCAUCGGAUACAGAAGGUUUUAUUGUGAGUUCAAGAGUUCGGCCACCUAGGCAUAUACUCUGAGUCACAAAAUGUAAAAAAAAAAUGAAAAAAAAAUAAAAAAGGUGAAUUCUGGUGUGUUGGGAAUACGAACGGACUGAUUGGACUUGGGAAAAAAAACUACUGGCAGUCGCCCUGUAAUAGAUUGCAAAUAAUAGACCGAGUAUUAAACAAGGUACGAGGCCUGUAAUGAUGUACCUGUAACGUGCAAUCCCAUCAACGAAUGGCAGAAAUAUCAUUAACAGGUAAACUUAAUGAUAUUUCAUAUAUAAAGCCAGAAUUCUCCUCAUUAGGUUAUGGCCAAAAUAAAACGAACAUAUAAAUAAGAGUUAUCUAUACAUAAAAGAAUGUUAUAUUAUUAUUAUUAUUAUUAUUAUUAUUAUUGUGCUUCAAAGGCAUUCGAUUCCGUCUCGAGUCCUACCUGAAGCGAGUCAGAUUUUCUCUCUCUCUGAAAUUUAAUAUAUAAUAGAGACUCACUGCAGCCUCUUAUACUCAAGACCCAAUAAAGCUCACCUUCCUACAUGGAAGUUGAGCCUUAUUGGCAACGUUAAAAAAUCCACAUGGUUGUGUAUA